AGCAUCUAGUAUACCAAUAACAGUCAUGCCUCCAUCAUCCAUUGGAUCGACAACGAUGCACCUUCGGCUGCGUCAACCACAAGUGCAGCAUCUAGCUUACCGAUAACGGUCGAGCCUCAAACAUCGACUGAAUCGACAACAAGUUCACCUUUAUCAAUGUCAACUUCAGGAUUACUUGGAUCAACGACUCCGUCGUCCAGUGGAUCUAUGACAUCAUCACCAUCUGCUAGUUCGCCGACUAGUUCACCUUCAUCAACCUCAACAACAGGUUUACUUGGAUCAACGACUCCGUCGUCCAGUGGAUCUAUGACGUCAUCACCAUCUGCAAGUUCGACGACGAGUCCACCUUCAUCAACCUCAACAACAGGUUCACUUGGAUCAACGACUCCGUCUUCUAGUGGAUCUAUGACAUCAUCACCAUCUGCUAGUUCGCCGACUAGUUCACCUUCAUCAACCUCAACAACAGGUUCACUUGGAUCAACGACUCCGUCGUCCAGUAGAUCUAUGACGUCAUCACCAUCUGCAAGUUCGACGACUAGUCCACCUCUAUCAAUGUCAACAACAGGUUCACUUAGUUCAACGACUCCGUCGUCCAGUGGAUCUAUGACGUCAUCACCAUCUGCUAGUUCGCCGACUAGUUCACCUUCAUCAACCUCAACAACAGGUUUACUUGGAUCAACGACUCCGUCGUCCAGUGGAUCUAUGACGUCAUCACCAUCUGCAAGUUCGACGACGAGUCCACCUCUAUCAAUGUCAACAACAGGUUCACUUGGAUCAACGACUCCGUCUUCUAAUGGAUCUAUGACGUCAUCACUAUCUGCAAGUUCGACGACUAGUUCACCUUCAUCAACCUCAACAACAGGUUCGCUUGGAUCAACGACUCUGUCGUCCAGUAGAUCUAUGACGUCAUCACCAUCUGCAAGUUCGACGACUAGUCCACCUCUAUCAAUGUCAACAACAGGUUCACUUGGAUCAACGACUCCGUCGUCCAGUGGAUCUAUGACGUCAUCACCAUCUGCAAGUUCGACGACUAGUCCACCUCUAUCAAUGUCAACAACAGGUUCACUUGGAUCAACGACUCCGUCUUCUAAUGGAUCUAUGACGUCAUCACUAUCUGCAAGUUCGACGACUAGUCCACCUCUAUCAAUGUCAACAACAGGUUCACUUGGAUCAACGACUCCGUCGUCCAGUGGAUCUAUGACGUCAUCAUCAUCUGCUAGUUCGACAACCAGUUCACCUUUAUCAAUGUCAACAACAGGUUCACUUGGAUCAACGACUCUGUCGUCCAGUAGAUCUAUGACGUCAUCACCAUCUGCAAGUUCGACGACUAGUCCACCUCUAUCAAUGUCAACAACAGGUUCACUUGGAUCAACGACUCCGUCGUCCAGUGGAUCUAUGACGUCAUCACCAUCUGCAAGUUCGACGACGAGUCCACCUCUAUCAAUGUCAACAACAGGUUCACUUGGAUCAACGACUCCGUCUUCUAAUGGAUCUAUGACGUCAUCACUAUCUGCAAGUUCGACGACUAGUUCACCUCCAUCAACCUCAACAACAGGUUCACUUGGAUCAACGACUCCGUCGUCCAGUGGAUCUAUGACGUCAUCAUCAUCUGCAAGUUCGACGACUAGUUCACCUUCAUCAACGUCAACAACAGGUUCACUUGGAUCAACGACUCCGUCUUCUAGUGGAUCUAUGACGUCAUCAUCAUCUGCUAGUUCGACAACCAGUUCACCUCUAUCAACCUCAACAACAGGUUCACUUGGAUCAACGACUCCGUCGUCCAGUGGAUCUAUGACGUCAUCAUCAUCUGCUAGUUCGACAACCAGUUCACCUUUAUCAAUGUCAACAACAGGUUCACUUGGAUCAACGACUCCGUCUUCUAGUGGAUCUAUGACGUCAUCAUCAUCUGCUAGUUCGACAACCAGUUCACCUUUAUCAAUGUCAACAACAGGUUCACUUGGAUCAACGACUCCGUCUUCUAGUGGAUUUAUGACGUCAUCACUAUCUGCAAGUUCGACGACUAGUUCACCUUCAUCAACCUCAACAACAGGUUCACUUGGAUCAACGACUCCGUCGUCCAGUGGAUCUAUGACGUCAUCAUCAUCUGCUAGUUCGACAACCAGUUCACCUUUAUCAAUGUCAACAACAGGUUCACUUGGAUCAACGACUCCGUCUUCUAGUGGAUCUAUGACGUCAUCACCAUCUGCUAGUUCGACAACCAAUUCAUCGUCAUUAGGAUCUGGAUCAACCACACCUUCUAACAUCCCGAUAACAGUUAUGUUCCCGUCAACAUCUGAUUCUACCAGUUCAUCUUCAUCGCCUUCAUCAUUAGACAGUAGAGGCGGCUUCAGUGACGACGAUAAUUCAUCUUCUACGGAAUCAAGUAUUGAUGCAAAUACUACUGGCAAUGAUGGCAGCAAUUCUGAAGCAACAACAGCAUCUUCAAGCUCAGAUGAAAGUAUGAACGAGAAUACGGCUAGUGUUACUGAAAGCAGCGGUAAUUCUAACGAUACUAAUGAUUCAGCAUCAGUUGUCGAAGUUGUUGCUGUCACCAGUAAAAUCCCCGAAAACUCUCCUGCUCUUCUCGGCGAUAUUUUUGGUCUCGCGAGUAAUAAUUCGGCAGUUGGAGCAGCAACCAAUGGUACCGUCCAAGAAGUUAUUCUGGUCAAUCCUUAUUACCAUCCUUGGGAGUCUUUGAUAUCACUCAUCGAUUCAAUUGUGAUGUUCCCUAUGACAAUUUUCUCUAGUGAACCGACAGAGGUACCAUCAGAAGAUCCUUUUUAUUAAUUAAAUGUACAUAAUUCCUGAAAUGAUAAAUUCCAACAAUGUAGUAAUUAUCAAUAUCGAUAUUGACAUGGAUGAUUCAAUAUUGAUGCAAUCAUAUUUAACUGAAAUAUCGAUUUGUAUUUUUGGUAGUUUUUUGUAACAGUUAUAAUGAACCUAUCAAUUAAAGCACCUAGAAAUCGAACAUGUAUGACAUUAUUACAAGAAAUUCUAGGUAUGUAUUUAAUAAAUCAUUUUUAUGACA